GGAGAAGGUCUCCGUCUAUCGUGAUGUUCUUCACACACGACAUUACGUUCGCGAGGGAGAAGACCUUGCUGACCUCCUUCGUGCCCUCGAGGCCCUGUGUCAGUGUUCGGACCUUUGGUAUCUCACGUUGGCAUUGGAGGAGCGUGCAUCUUUGAUGCGACAGGCGCUCGUACUUUCCCAUCCCGACAAACACCUUAUCGCCUCCCUUGCGAAUGUUCUAUUGAUGAUGUAUGGCCGCAGCUCGCGACCGGAGCACCUCCAAGAGGCAAAGCAGCUCGCAGAGGAAAUGAGGCAGCGCGAGGCAGGGUUGGACUGUGCGGUGCUGAGCACGAUGGAGACCCAUCUGAACGAGACCGGCUCCUCCUUGCCCGACAUCGACACGUGGCUAAAGCUACAUUGCAGGAUCACCACUCUUGCCCCAACCACGCACGUGGACUGCCCUGAACGACUGAUGACGCUCGAGACCGCGAUGAGGGAGCGGGGUUCAUCUGCGAGGGACCGUAUCGAGGCGCUCAAGGAGGCUGAGAGGCUGACGAGCUUAGGUUUCGGAGUGAGUAGCCGAUUGAAGGUCCUGAACGAGCUUGUACGCCAAUGUAGAACGAUCGGAACGGAGGAUGCCUCACAAGAAGCGUCACGGCUCACUGAAGCCGCAUGGGGCCUCAUCAGGGCUGGCAUACUAUGCGGAAGCUUACCGAGCUCACGCGUAAAAGACCACCACACCCAUUUGACCACCCUCAUGAUAAGUCCCACACCUCUAGUCUCUACUCCGCAUCCCUCGCCUUCGAUGCUACCGCCCAGCCGAUGCGACACGCCCUCCCACAGCUUCUCUGGGUAAACCCUUUCCGUGCUCAGUAACCCCGCCGAUAAGAUGGAAGACUACGCGCACGCAUUCAGACGCGAGGCGCUCGCGCUUGGAGACAUCGCUACAAUGGAGCAUGGAAGCCAAGAGAGGGCGCACGCGUGCGUUGCACAUGCAUUAGCGCUAGUCGCGACGAAUAGAGUGGAUGUACUGG